CGCAGGCGAGGGUAUUUUAAAUGGCUAAAAUGGUGUGUUUUAUAAAAGAAAAGCCUUCGAUUUCGCAUGUAAACGUUAUCACCGCCCCCUACACCUCUCUACCGCUGUGGGUUGGCGGCGGAGCGAGUGGUGAGAGAGAGAGAGAGAGAGAAAAAGAGAAAGGGGAGGGGGGGUUUAAACUACAGCUGCUGCAGUUCGUCACAAACUGCAGAGCGGCGUUGGCACAGAGAUUAUAGUGAGCGGCGGAGGCGAAGUACCGCUUCAGAAACAGCAGCUACUGCAGACAACAACACGGACACGUCGCACACCAUCAGCAACCAACGGGAUUUUUGGAAGAAAGUUGCAGCGUUAUUUGAUUAUAUUAUUACUUGUGCUGCGGAUUAAAUGCAACACCGUCGCCCGAGGAGAAUUGGGUUACUGACACUGCACUGUGACAGUACAUUACAACACAAGGCAAUUCGGUCGUAUUGGAGCUGAAGACGCUCCAGUCAAUUGAUUAUUAUUAUUAUUGUUAUUAUUAUUAUAAAUAUUAUGUUAUGCUUGUGAGUGUGUUGUGUUUUUUUUUUUUAAGAGAACAACUUCGUGCAACCUUCUCACAGUUGCCCUUUUCGAGUUGCAAGUUUUCGCAGUUGCAUUUAUCGUGGAUUUACAUUUUUACAGCCUAUAAGAAGUCGAGGAAGAAGGUGGAAGAUCUAGAUAUUUGUCGCCGGAAACAUAAAGGAUUUUAUUGUCUUAACGUGGGGGGUUUAUUUUUUGAAACACAGACACGUCUCAAUCAAGCUUCGGAGUUGUGAAAUCUUGUAAUCCAGCGAGCCUUAACAGGGGUCUUGAAGUGACACAUGCGCAAGAAUUUAUUUUUGAUAAAUAUUUCUCUCGUUUGGUGAUGAACUUCUCCGGCUGCUGUCGGACAAUGAUGUGGUGGAAUUUACUGGGUUAAAAUUUACCCCUGUGCCGAUACCACCGUCAGCUACCUGUCUCUGAAAAAAAAAAAAAAAAGCUUAUUUUUAUACUUUUAUAAAAGACCAUAGAAGCAUCGGCCAGAACACUACCUCGUAAACUAGAGAAUGAUUGACUACUACUAGCUAACUUUGCUGGGUCUUUGUAAAAAAAAAAAAAAACAAAAAAAAAACUCUCUAACUUCCGUCACUGACGAACUUUAUUUUACCUUUUUGAGGAUUUUCUUGGUAUUUUUUGUUGUUGUUAAUUAAAACAAAACAAAAAAACAAACAAACAUGUACGAGAGCGUGGAUGUGGUGGGAUUGAACCACGCCGCUAACCCGUUUUUAAUGAUGGAUUAUUAUAACCAGAACCGUGGAUGUUUGCUUCAGGAAAAGGGUUUGGUGUCUGGCGCGCACCACCCGUACAGUACGGCUAUCCGGACGCAGCACUGGAACGGAUCAAACCACUCGAUCGAGACACAGAGCACCAGCUCGGAGGAGAUCGUGCCGAGCCCCCCCUCUCCGCCCCCGCCCCCCCGGAUCUACAAGCCCUGCUUCGUGUGCCAGGACAAGUCCUCGGGAUACCACUACGGGGUCAGCGCCUGUGAGGGCUGCAAGGGUUUUUUCCGGAGGAGCAUUCAGAAGAACAUGGUGUACACCUGCCAUCGAGAGAAGAACUGCGUCAUCAACAAGGUGACCCGCAACCGCUGCCAGUACUGCCGGCUGCAGAAGUGCCUGGAAGUCGGGAUGUCCAAAGAGUCCCGAUGCAGCACUAAGGCCAGGAAGAGUCCAGACCCCCCCCCCUCACUGGAAGACAGACGGGGGAUUUCGGAGGGGGCUGCCAUUGCGGUGAGGAAUGACCGCAACAAGAAGAAGAAGGAGGAGAAGAAGCAGGAGUGCACAGAGAGCUACACGCUGAGCCCCGAGACCGAGAUCAUGAUCGAGAAGGUUCGCAAGGCCCACCAAGAGACCUUCCCCUCCCUCUCCAACCUGGGCAAAUACACUACAAAUAACAGCGCAGACGAGCGCGUGUCCCUCGAUGUUGACCUGUGGGAUAAGUUCAGUGAGCUUUCCACCAAGUGCAUCAUCAAAACCGUCGAAUUUGCCAAACAACUGCCGGGCUUCACCACACUAACCAUCGCCGACCAAAUCACCCUUCUCAAAGCAGCCUGCCUCGACAUCCUGAUCUUGCGGAUCUGCACGCGCUACACCCCCGAUCAGGACACCAUGACGUUCUCGGACGGCCUGACGCUGAACCGCACGCAGAUGCACAACGCCGGCUUCGGCCCGCUCACUGACCUCGUCUUCGCCUUCGCCAACCAGCUGCUGCCGCUUGAGAUGGACGACGCGGAGACAGGGCUGCUCAGCGCCAUCUGCCUGCUGUGUGGAGACCGGCAGGACCUGGAACAGUCUGACAAGGUGGAUAUCCUGCAGGAGCCGCUGCUGGAGGCGCUGAAGAUCUACGUGAGGAAGAGGCGACCGCACAAGCCACACAUGUUCCCCAAGAUGCUGAUGAAGAUCACAGACCUGCGCAGCAUCAGUGCCAAGGGUGCGGAGCGUGUGAUCACUCUGAAGAUGGAGAUCCCAGGUUCGAUGCCUCCGCUCAUUCAGGAGAUGCUGGAGAACUCGGAGGGGGUCGACCCGCUGGGGAACCCCCAGACCAGAGGAAAAGGGGCCCCGUCAGGCAGCUGCAGUCCCAGUCUGUCCCCCAGCUCAGCCCAAAGCAGCCCCUCCACACACUCCCCCUAGCACCCCCACCUCCGAGACCAGCGACCCCUCACACCUCACCCACGCACCCCCUCCUCACCGACACCACCCCCGUCACGGACUGCCACAAACACAGGGGUGCACUGACUGACCCACAGACUCACUCGCACAGGACAGCAGGACAUUGGGCUGAGCUGGGGGAGGGGGGGGGUGAGUGUGACCUAGGCAAUACCACAAGGUUUGAAAACACAAGUCCUACCAAGAGAAAAAGGAGAAAGAAGAACAGUUUUUUCUUUUUUUCUUUUUUUUUUUUUUAAAUAUACACUGCUGGAUUUCUACCUGUAUCAGAUUAGGAAAUUCUGGAUUCAAUUGUUCUUUUGCGGGGCAUGCAGAAAGACGCACAGACACACAGAUAGACAGACAGACACAGAGGGACAAUCGGAAACUGCUUCUUACAAUGUUUGUUUUUCUCUCUCUUGCUCUCUCUCUCUCUUCCUCCUGUGGGAUUUUACAACAGGAAGAAACAGGAAGCAGAGACGCCCUGUUUGAUUUGAUUGAUUUCUUCUUUUACGAAAUGGUCUUUUUUUUUUUUUUACAAAAAAGAUUACGUGGGGGAAUAUAUAUAUAUAUAUAUAUAUAUAUAUAUACAAAUAAAUAAUGAAAGUUAAGUAGAGACAAGAUUGGAAUUGUUAAAAUGGAAAAUCAUUUUUAUUUUAUUUGGUUCAGGAUUAGGAUGCAGUUAUUUUUUGGUUGGUUUGUUUUGUUUUUUCUCCACUGAUUUCAUAAUCGUUUCAUGAACUGUGAUAUUAACUGAUGUGUCCGAGAAGGACAAGGACAUCUCGAUCACCAGCUGUUCAAUAAACGAUCUGGAAAACAAAGAAGAAGAAAGCAGUUUGUUUGAAGCGAGUUCUACACUGUUCUUUAAAUCACUUUGUGAAUGUCUUCGCGUGUUACUGACUGCUGUCACGAGCCACUGAGACGCAGUCAACACAGUCUUCAUAGGGUAGGAACUGGCGUCCUCUCUGCGCUGAUGUAUAGAAGCUGUUUUCAUUUCUUUCAAGUUUAGUCUUCAUUUUGAUUUUGAUAAUGCCUUUUCUUUCUAAAUCACGUGAAGCACGUUUUUACUGAAGGAAGGAACUGUACUGUGUGACCCACUUAGACAAAGGGACUGGCCUAGAGCUGUCACCGGGGGGCGCCCCACACCUGUUCACGAGCAGUGGUAAAAUGCUUUUUCACUUCGCACGCUCUUGGUGAAAUUGGCGGAGGGGGGGGGCGGGGCAUAGAGAUUCCAAACUGCUGGAUUGCCACAGAGAGAGGAAUAGGACCUCACUAGGCUCAAACAGGAAGGACACAAUCAGACAAGUUUCACAAUUAUUUUUUGUGUGUUUUUUCAAACCCCCAGAAAAAAUGAAAUAUUUGGGGCUCCCGAGUGGCGCAUCCAGUAAAGGCGCUCCUCGUGGAGUGCAGGAUGCGCCCUGUAGCCUGGAGAGCGCAGGUUCGAGUCAGGCUGUGUCAUUUGCCGACCAUGACCAGGAGUUCCCAGGGGGCCGCUGCAGAAUUGGCCGAGCUCCGUCCGGGUCGGCAGGUAAUCCAGAUCUGUGUUGUCCUCCCGCACUACAGGUCUGAUCGCUUCGCUGUGGACCUGCAGUGUGAAAAAAGACGGCUUGGCAGGGCACGUUUCGUUUUCGCGUGUCUGUCGGCGCAGGGGUGGAAUUCCAAAUUGGGAACAAAAUAUAGUAAAAAAAAAAAAAAAAACAGAACAUUGGCGACUACUAAAUUAAAAUAAAUAAAUGAAAUGUUUCCCCCCGUUUAAUUACUAACCUCACGAAUUGAGCGUAGUCGCUUGGUUUUAUACAGACAGCAGAACGUCAUGGUUUAAUAAGUGUCCUGAGGUUGCAUGUUCAUACUGAACCAGUGACCCCAGAGUGACCCCAGCGCGACCCUGCUGGAGCUCCCUGGAACCUUGUGAUGUCACAGACUCCCCAGCUUUCCUUGGGAAAACAACAAAUGUUUCUUUUUUUUUUUCUAAAGAGAAAAAUUAAAGGCAUAAAUAAAAUGAUAGAUUUAAAAGAAUCAAAAGUUGUUAAUAUGUACAGACUGUUAAAUAAUUUUACCAUUGGGUGUCUUUUAUGUGAAACUAUAUCGGGGCACACUUUAUUUUUUGUUUUAAUUUUUUUUUUUUUUUUUUUAAGCAUCUGUUUCAAUUUUGUCAGAUUAUUGGGCAACUAAAAACAAAAAAAAAUAAAACAAAAAAAAUAAAUAAAUCAACCAACAUUUAAUAA